AUGGCAAAAUCAAUCUAGCAAAAAACGUGUUCCAAAUGCAAGCGUUAACUACGUAGAGAACACACUCCCUUCCCCCCUCCUAAAUUUAGUACUAAGACAUUAUCACACUCACCCAACUUAACAUGCAAACCAAAACUCCACAAUCCCAUCUCCAUUUCUCUCCCAAAAAAAUCACAAAAAAUAGAGAAAAAAGAAAAUGAGAACCCCAUCAUCAUCAAGAAAAAAAGUAGUAACACCAUGUUGUAACAAAAUAGGGUUAAAAAGAGGGCCAUGGACACCCGAAGAAGACGAAAUACUGACUAAUUACGUCAGUAAAGAAGGUGAAGGGCGGUGGCGUACGUUGCCAAGGAAGGCGGGGCUCCUCCGUUGUGGGAAGAGCUGCCGCCUUAGAUGGAUGAACUACCUCCGCCCUUCCGUUAAACGGGGACAUAUUUCGUCAGAUGAAGAAGAUCUCAUACUUCGUCUUCAUCGACUACUUGGCAACAGGUGGUCAUUGAUAGCAGGGAGAAUUCCAGGGAGAACGGAUAAUGAGAUAAAAAAUUAUUGGAAUACUCGCCUUAGCAAGAAAUUAAUCAGCCAAGGAAUAGAUCCAAGAACCCACAAACCAUUAAUACUAAACCCUAAUGCCUCUAGUGAUGAUAAUCAUAUUAUUACCAACAAUAAAGCUAAUUCUACUUCUCCUUCUUCAUCUUCAAAAUUAGCACAUAAUGAUCCCGACAUAAUUAUUCCAAACCCCAUUAAUUACAUUCCUUUCCAAAUGGAAGAUCAACCCUUAAGGAGCAUGAAUAAUAAUCUCCCAAGAGAAAUAAUGUGUUUGGAUGAUUAUCAAUAUCAGAGCAGUCAAGCAAUGCUCGCCAAAUAUUGCGAUGAUGAUAUGAAUAUUGAGGUCCGUGAUAAGGGAGACGAUGAAAUGAAUUGUUGCAUGGACGAUGUAUUCUCCUCCUUCUUGAAUUCUUUGAUCAAUGAAGACAUGUUCAGAUGCCAAAAUCAACAAAUCAAUGGUACAUUGCAAGAUUUUGAUCCUUUGAUCAUAGCUUCAUCUACACCUUCAUCUGCUCAAAAUAAAUCCAAGAGAAUAUAAUGGAUAAACAAUGAUGAAUGUUUGAUUAUUAUAUGCCUUGUUAAUUACCUUCAUAUGUUUAUAUAAGAAAAACAUGGAUUCUUAUAUUGAUAUUUGUAAGUAAACAAUUCUUUCCCCUGGUGAUUUUCUAGCUAGAUUAUUAAUGUCUUAAAUUUUUAUAUAUGUAAAUCUUACUGAUCAUAUUGUAAUAGAGUAUGUAUGUUUGUGAGGGUUGCACAUAUAGGAAUGCUAUAAGUUAUAUAUUUGAGUUUAUUUUCUUGCUAUCUAAGGUCUUUAAAUUUACAGAAUACGGGGUCGCGAUGAACCAAUAGUUCAUGCGUUACAUUAAGUUAUAGGACUAUAAAUACAUCUGAUAAUAAAUGUCAGACAAAAAGUAAUUCCUAAUUUAUCUGCUGAUAUCAAUGCUUCACUACGCUAAAGUAGCGGUUGAUUAACACAUGAUAUCUAAAAAAACAAGAGAAAAAGAAGCACAAGAAACAAACAAAAUUAAAGAAAGAAAUGCAACAUGUUAUUAACGUACGAUCGAGUAUAAGCCAAGUGUUUAAUCUUUUGCAUCUCAUAAAGCAUUCAUAUAUGGACAUCUAGUUUACCAAAAUGAAAUAGCUAUAUAUAUA